GAUGGACGAGAUCGGCAGCGGGGUGAUGUCCUUCUUCAGCAAGACCAAGCAAGAGGCAACGUGCUUCGGGCGGGCAACAGACACAGGUGGCGUCACCGAUCUCACCGAGAGCAUCGUCGGGGGUGCCCUGCAGUCCUUCGCCAAGAUGUCCGGCUCACUGAAG